UCACGAUGCUUUUUGUACUUUGCCCUGCAAGGUCCUGAGCACCUCACCUUGGAUCUGCUCUCCAAAUUCGUUCCGAUCGCUGUGAGUGGUCCAAUAAUCGGCAUAUUUUUAUCGAAAAGUCUUGCCCCAGACAGGACUACUUUUGCGAAGACCGUGAAAGCUGCCUGUUGCUACAUCUCGUAAGGGGCUUAACUAUAGAAAGGAUAAGAAUUCGCUUUCAAAAGGGGCUUUCCGCAGACUACGGACUCGUCAUUCAUUUAUUAACAAUACCUAUCUACACCAUCUGGUCUACCCCCAAACAACGCCAUUUUCUACGAUGCGAAUAAUUAUUUGGCCUGGUACAACCCAGUUAAAUCGACACUUGAAGCGUCGGUCAUAAUACCAAACAACGUUUUAUCACACUCAACAAUGACCGCUUCCACCCAAACCGCCUUGCCUGCGGCAUCGACAGCCCUCUAUUUCGAGCCCCUGCACGAUCGACCUACUCUUGGUAAGCCUAGUCAACACUCAUUCAAGAAGCAUAAGGUCCUUCCGCACCCGAGAAACAAUCGGCCAUUGUCGAUAACCAAAAACCGACAUUCCCGUGACCUAUCUAUCGAUACUACGCAAAUCCCGGAGUCGCAUGUGAAGGCAGAUGAACCUUCCACUCCACCGAACCCGAAGCAUGACGAUAGCCCCAACGUCAAAGCGCCCGGACCAGCACUACCUCCCACACCCCCGGCGCAUUCGCGUACUUCUUCAGGUAGCCACUCAAUCCAACCCUCAAGUCCGACAUAUAUUGGUACUCCGGUGCAAAGUGCCACAAACAUUUCUGCGCACUCUACACCGCGAACUCCACCUCAUCAAGCGAGUCCACCUACGCCGGAUGUGACCCCUCCCCAACCCGAGCGUCGAUCGAUACCUCCCCGCCCCAUUCUAGCGGAUCGCAUCCCAUCCAAAGCAACAGAUUCCCGUACCGAGUCUUUUACGACAGCGCGUGAGAAUUUAGAUUCUUCUGAAGAGGACGACAAAUUGUCAACACCUAAGGCAGUGUUAUCCUCUGGUAGGGCGACACAAAAUUUGGGAAGACGCGUAAUUGACGCAAGGCAAAAGAAGGCGGCGAGCUUGGGCCUAGGCUUAGCCCUCGAAUCCGAUGAUAAUCUAACGCCAAGGUCGAAACGAGAAUUUUCAGCUUUCGACGGUGAAUGGGGCUCCGCUAGUGAAGUUGACCAAGAAUGGGACAAUAAAUACGAAAGGAAUGUCAAGGUGGAGAAGCGACGUGUUCAACCGACAACUAAUGGACAAAAACUAGAAGUAGUCGAGGACGAGAUGGUCACUCCGACCAACGCAACAAAAGCUGUGCGGUCAGCGCCCCUGUCAGACCGAUUACACACCCAACCUUCACCACCCCCCGAAUCCGUGAGCAGGGAUAAGCGUUGGGCCGCCCCGUCGACUUCCGAGUCCUCGGUAAGCAUUGAUGUUAGGCGGUCCUCCGGCAUGUCCUCAAAAUCUACAGUAUCUACAGUGGUGGAAGCUAUAUUGGUUGGGACGCCUCCCCAGAGGCGAAAAACGUUGCGGCAUGUUAGGAAACAAACCGCUCUUAGGGACUCUAGUUCCGAGAUCUCACCGUCAAGCUCUUCAGCGAACACGUCUCUACGCCAGGUAGAAAACGUUCAGGGCACGAGAGCCCCUAGAAGACUCGAUGGUACCGCACGAUCUGAAAGUCUCGCUUCUACUGGUACAAUGAACUCUAUUGCUAGUAGAAAAGCCCGCCGGGAAGUUUGGAAGAACGGAGGGAUACCUGUAGUUGUCAUUCCUGAUCGCAGGGCUUCUAUAAAGGCCACCGACCCACCAUCGCUCAGAUCUACGAGUAGUCACCGUUCCAAGAGGAGCAAUAGUCUUAGUUCGGCACCUAUAUCGAGCCAUUCUAAGGCGAGGGACUUAACACCUUACUUUGACAAACCUUCUCGGAGGGACAGAUCUAUGUCUGUAUCCGACAAGGCAGUUCAAGUCGAAGAGCUAACAAUGGACUUUCCGCCAAUUGUUCCUUUGCGUAGGUCUUCUCUUUCGGCCCCAACGAGUAGAAAUGGAUCUAGAGCUGGGUCUUUGACUGCCGAGAGCCUGAAGGCGCACAAUACCUUUCUGGAACAAGAGAGCAAACAGCAACACCAACAACAACCGCAGCACCGACCACCGCAUGUUACGGUGGAAUGUGCGCCUCCCGUCGAGGAUAUGAACAGUUCUUCUGAUCAGAGACAAGUUAAACCGGCCCCAUCCGUCGAGUCGCACAAGGAUGCCCUUCAUGAUCACAGACCACUUGUUGAUAAUAACGGGGACCCCUUCUUCGGCAAACGGCUUACGGCACACAACACGCCAUUUUCCCAAGCGUCCGUCGAGACAAACGGGACUCACUCUGUGGCAGAUAUUUCGGAAGCGAUGGCGGUGAACAUUUACCCACAUCAAAAUAAAUCUGUUUUGAUGGUUCAUCACAUGUCGAAACCCGUUGACCCUGCCGUUGCCGCAAACGCGUUGCAAGGGCCAGAACCCGCCCAGACAGGAGAUGGUACAGAAACGGAGAAAUUCUCAAACAAUCCUAAGAUUACGGCAAGCAGCCCAGAUGGUGCGCCUGCGACACCGCCCCAACCUCAAUUUUCGAUGGAUGAUGUAGAUUCCCCCCUUAGAAACCCGCGUGCUCCUCCCGAGCCGCCCGCGAUCAAGUUCAUCCCAGCUACUCCUUCUGGAUUAACUCCUGCCGCUGAAAAAGAGAAGAUGCUUGGAAACUACUUUGAGGAGAGUCAAAAGCGACCUUCGUUGGUACGUCGCGCUUUUAGUCUCCGAAAAAGCACGGACAACGUUCGUCCCACUGGUUUCCUCUCACGAACCUUAUCACUGUCGAAGGGUAUCCGAAAAGAAACGGCUGAGAAUCCCGCACUUGAUAAAAGCAAGGACGCAAAAUUGCACCAAUAUCCAACGGCUGAGGACCCACCACCAGAUGAGUCUAAGUUACAUCCAUUUUGGCGCCCUGCUUUUGAAGAUGAGUUCGAUAAUUACGACGAUUGGGCGCACGAUAUCCCUGCAGAGGUGGAUGGACUUUAUAUGUACCCACCGGCUGGUGAUCACCGACCGACUCGUCGUAGAAGUUUGAGCGAACGAAUGAGACGUACAUUUGCGAUAUUACCUAUCGAUAAUGAGGACCACUACACGAGUUUCGACCGACGCAGUCCAGAGCGUCGCACUGUCAAGCGCACACCAAGCGGCAGGCUCCGCGUAAUGAGACAUCGCGACAGUUAUGGUAGUCUUGAGUGGAAUGGUCACUGGCAGUCUGAAGAUUAUGAUACCGAUGAGCGGCCAUCCACCGCCCCGGACAAUCCGAAUCGACGUGCCUGGGGUGUCGAGAAGCGUGUGGAUGAUCGAGGACGCAGGCUUUUCCCUAACUGGCAGGACAAGUUGGAUCAGUACCGUCCUCAGAAUCUCCAACGUAGGUUAAGCGAACAUCGACGACAAAAGCGCACAGACGCUCUCCGACAGAAGAUCAGCGGACCCCGAGAAGUUCGAGAUGGUGUGGGCGAGGUCAUUAAGCGCAAUAGCUAUAAGGGACCUUCAUAUCAGACCAUGUCUAAUGGACACGCUGCUUCAAAUGGCAGGGCAUAUCGCCAACAACCCGAAGGACAGCCACGACGAGAGACUGUCCGAGCCUAAAUUGCUGCUUGCUACUAGGGGCUUGAGCUGUCGAUUAGCACGCUAUUCAUUGAGCUAUCGUGACCUAAUCGGGCGGAAUUCUCGGCUUGCGAUUUGCUUCACCUAUGAUUCAACACUUCGAUUCCUAUUGUCCCAUUGCUACUACGUGGAUACCCUUACAAGAAUCACUAUAACGACCCAUUACUUUUUGAUGACGCAUACGAGCCACGAUAAAACAUGACCUUAUCAUAUUCCCCCAUCACGAUUGAUUUUGAGAUUUUCUACUUUUCAUCUGAUC